AUGUUCCAUUGGCGUCUGAAGAACGGCCUCCAGGGUCUCAGGGCUCCUGUACCGCUGGAUGCAGCACUAGAGUACCUUGCAUGCAGGCCGGAGCGUGUGCUCGGGGUACAACGUGGCAGAAACGAAAGUCGACUGGCGCACACCAUGGCUAACCCUGAACUACGAAACCGCAAACAUGGCACCGCCGGUUCGAUGUCCAUGGCCCUCCCUGAGCCCCUAGUCGACGAGAAGACUGCCGAACUAAUUGAAGAGUUGAAGAGGGAAAACAAUUAUGAAGGGCAAAUAGAGACAGAAAAGCGGAUGUAUCUUGUCAAGCUAUUGAGCAAGGUCUGGAUCUUGGUGGCAGGAUUCCUCUACUGUUUCAACUUUGAGGGCGCUCCAGUGAGCAACACCGAAGGGCUGCGUGGUUCGUUGCAUGCUAUAACCAUCGAGCGCACAAACACCCUCGCGGUCUACGGCAGCGGCAACCUUUAUUAA